AUGUCGGCCCCACUCGUCAAGGUCCUGCACCGAUUGCAAGAGUUAUUCCAUAACGUCGUCGCCGCACUCGAAAGCAUGAUCCUCUUCCCCUCGUUCUUCCGCGGUCUUUCGCGACGCCGCCGAAAGACCUUCCUAGGCGCCCAUUGGAAACGCCGUAGUCUCGAUGACUUCGCCGAAGAAGUGGAGACCUCGUGUUCGACGCCGCUCUCAACGCGCAACAUGGUUGAAAUGUCCAAGAAUAUCCGCGCACAGUUCCGGGAAUGUCUACAGAAUAGCCCAUGCUGCAUGCUUCCAUCUUAUGAUACUGCACUUCCCGCUGGUUCGGAAAAGGGUACAUAUUUGGCAUUGGACGUGGGCGGUUCGACGUUUCGCGUAGCUUUGAUUGAAUUGAAUGGCCGGGAUGAGGAAGUGCGCAUCUUGAAAGUAUCAUCUGUACACAUUGACGAAAAGCUCAAGAUGCUGGAGGGCACACUGUUUUUCGAUUGGAUGGCAGAGCAGAUCGAGACCAUUCUGAAGGAAGUUGGAACAGACUACGGCCGUAGCGACGUACCGCUGGCAAUGGGAUUGUCCUGGUCUUUCCCCAUUGAACAAACGUCGCACAGCAGCGGGUUGGUGAUACAUAUGGGCAAGGGAUUCAAGGCUUCCGAAGGAAUGGUAGGCAAGGAACUGGGUGAUCUUAUUAUCCAGUCUUGUCGCAAGCGCAAUUUGAACGUAGAGGUUGCCGCUAUUGUGAACGACAGUUCGGCGGCUCUACUGUCGCGUGCAUACGUUGAUCCCAAGACCCGCAUGUCUCUCAUUUUGGGUACCGGUACCAACAUGGCGAUUCACUUCCCGGUGCAGGAGAUUGGAAAGUCCAAGUUUGGAAUUCGUCCGGAGGGCUGGUUCGACCACGCCAAGCAUGUUCUCAUCAACACUGAAAUGAGUAUGUUUGGCGGAGGCGUACUACCUAUGACACGGUGGGACGACACCCUGAACCGUACGCAUCUACGCCCUGACUACCAGCCACUCGAGUACAUGAUCACAGGUCGGUACUUGGGUGAGAUUGUGCGUCUGAUCAUCGUCGAGGCAACCGAGACCGCCCGCCUAUUCGGCGGCGAGCUACCACAAUCCAUGCGCGAACCCUAUUCCUUUGAUACGAGCAUCGUCGCCUGCCUCGAGGAUGACUCCUCUGCCUCCCUUUCCGUCUCCGCCGCCCUCCUGCAAGAGCAGCAUACCUUCCACAACCCUCCCUCCGUUGACGACUUGCGGUUCCUGCGCCGUGUCUCCCAGGCGAUUUCUCGCCGUGCCGCUGGAUACCUGGCGACAGCCAUCCACAGCAUGUGGUGCCUCCGUAACGAGGUGGAAUUCCCCUCACCCCCAUCCACCGCCGACUCUCUCGCUAAGGAAUCCCCCGAAAUCACCGUCGUCGAGAACGGAGACGAUAAGAACCUUUCGAUCGCCUGCGACGGUGCCGUCAUCAACAAGUAUCCUGGCUUCCGCGCCAUUUGCCAGAAAUAUCUGGAUCAGUUGACCGAGGAAACAUAUCCGGGCACCGGAUCCUCCAUUCGUCUCAACCCGGCACCUGAAAGUGCCAUUCUCGGUGCUGCAGUCGCAGUGGCUGUGUCCGUUGCUGAGAAAUCCACUCCGCUGUAA